GCAGUCCCCGCGAUUGGAUUCACAUUCACUGCUCCUCCUUCCCUGCGCGCGCACCUCGUCUCCCCCGCCGCCGCCACCGACGCCGCCCUCAAUACCAUGGCGUUCCCGGGCGCAUUCGUACGUGCUUCCCGAUCUGGAGAGAAGACGAGUCGUGCCCAACCAAACCCAACCCGCAGAUGCAGCUGCAUCUCGUUCCCCUCUCCCUCCGACACGGCCGCGCCCACCGGCAGCCUCUCCCCGCCGCUGCCCUUGCCCUCUCCCUACCCAGGCCCCACAUCCAGCAGACGCGGCCAUGGCGUUCCCGGCAGCCGCGGUGUCUCGCCGUGGAUGGGAAGGAGAUCGGAAUCCUCCAUGGCCGGACGCGCUGAUGGGGAUCUUGCGGAUGCCGGGAAGAACCGCCGCUGCCAUCCAUCCAUGGCCGACACACAGCUCCUCAAGGUGCACGACAGAGCCAGCUGUGUGUGGUGUGCGCGGGGGAUUCUUCUUCCACCCCAGCAAUCUGGUCCAUCCCGUUUCUGUGGCAAAGGAGAUGCUGCCCCUGUGGACCUCCAGAUUGCUCUGGCCACCAACUUAUCUAGUGUUAAAGGGUUGCAAGCGAACCUUUCAGAAAUGAUAUUUAGAUUCUAGAACGGACCGAGGAACCAAGUGAACUUGAUGACUACUAUGUGAUUCCCGAGCCAGGGUUUGAGUAGCUACUGUUCUACCAAGUGAGGAUGAUGUUACGGUCGAUGAUGGCAAGAUCAGCGUCUUGGCAUACGACACCGCGUCGGUCGCUCUUGUUCAAGAUCCCAGCCAUAGCAGCAGUUGGAGCAUGUUAGCCAAUUAAGGCAGCGUGAGCAUGAGGAGAGCGAGCAGGAGAAGGAGAAGGAGGCAGGGCACCUACGGUCGGCUCCUUCUCCAGAACCACGCGGCGGGAAAGGAGGUUAGAGGACUUUUUCUUCUUGGGACGCCGCAUCCAUGGAGCUCCGACCCCAUUGCCACUGCCAUACAUGGAGCUCUGGCCCAUGGCCAACAGCUCAAGUGUUUUCCUCGCACACGUUGGUGCGACACAGAGCCACCGUGGGGAUUCCUUCCACUACGACGUCUCCUGGUUUCUCCUCCGGUGCCCCCGUUCUUCUUCCACUUCAGCAAGUGGUGAUCCACCGGUUCCCUCCUCUGCUCUGCUCUACUGUACUGUCAAUGUCUUUUCUUGUUUCUAUCACCUAAAAAAGGCAUCAGAGAAACAUGUUUGAGUUUUGUAAGCUUUCAGUUUUAUAGGCUCUCAAUUGCUAAAUUAGCUCUGAUCUUGUCUAUAUCAGUGAUUCAUACAAGGGUUCUUGUAUGUGCCAAAUUUUGUAGAAAACUGUUCUUGACGCAUCAAAUUGUUUGCAGCUAUUUACUUGAUGAUAGAAGGAUGAGAUUUGCAUCAAAGUCUUCGCCACUUUUGAUGUGUCAAGGGUGACACAUCAAACCCUUGUUGUACAUAUGUGAAGGAUGAGAUUCACAUGAUAAUUUGUUUGGGCCU